AAUGCUCGUGGAAACGGCGCGCGGGGGAGGAGGACGCGCACCAUGAGGGGCGGAGCGCGUGCGUGCUGAGUUGGGACGGGUCGCGAGAAGCCGCUCCUGGCUCUGUUGCCGCGGCAGCUGCUUGGGACUUGUAGCCGGCAGCCGCUGCGGCUUGAAAAAAAGGGGGUCGCGCGGGGCGGGAUUCUGCCAGGCGAACGCAAGCCGGGAGCCGGGGGGCUUGCUCCGCCUCCUCGGGCCUAAGCCGCCCUGAAGAGCCGGAGACGGGGAAGAACUGGCCGGCCGGCCCCGGGGGAAGCGGAGACCGCCGGGGAAGAAGGCGGCGGCCCAGGGCCCGGCCGCCGCCCGGAACAAGAAGGAGGGGGGAGACAAGGGGACCAUGUCCUCGAGGAGUCGCAGCAAACUCUCUACCACCGAGCGCGUCAUCAAAGCUGUUCCUUUUCCUCCAACUCGGCGGCUCACAAUAAAAGAAGUAUUUGAAGAUGGUAAACCCAGACUUGAUAUCUUGAAAAACCACUUGGUGAAAGAAGGUAGACUAGACGAGGAAGCAGCCUUAAAGAUAAUCAGUGAUGGAGGUGCCAUUCUGAAAAGUGAAAAGACUAUGAUAGAAUUGGAGGCACCUAUUACAGUGUGUGGUGAUGUUCAUGGACAAUUCUUUGACCUGAUGAAAUUGUUUGAAGUUGGAGGAUCACCUAUUAACACACGCUACCUCUUCCUGGGAGACUAUGUGGAUAGAGGCUACUUCAGUAUAGAGUGUGUGCUGUACUUAUGGAGUUUAAAGAUUCAUCAUCCGAGAACAUUUUUCCUGCUUCGCGGCAACCAUGAAUGCAGGCAUCUCACAGAAUACUUCACAUUCAGACAGGAAUGUCGAAUCAAAUAUUCAGAACAGAUAUAUGAUGCGUGCAUGGAUACAUUCGAUUGUCUUCCUCUUGCUGCUCUCUUAAACCAGCAGUUUUUGUGUGUACAUGGAGGACUGUCUCCAGAAAUCAAUUCUUUAGAUGACAUUAGGAGAUUAGACAGGUUUAGGGAACCUCCAGCUUUUGGACCAAUGUGUGACCUGCUUUGGUCUGAUCCCUUGGAGGACUAUGGCAGUGAGAAGACCAUGGAGCACUUUAGCCACAACACUGUCCGAGGGUGCUCCUACUUUUACAGUUAUCCUGCAGUUUGUGAAUUUUUGCAAAGCAAUAGUUUGUUAUCAGUAAUCAGAGCCCAUGAAGCUCAAGAUUCCGGGUAUCGAAUGUAUAGGAAGAGCCAGACAACAGGCUUUCCAUCACUCAUUACAAUUUUCUCUGCCCCAAAUUACCUAGAUGUCUAUAACAACAAAGCUGCUGUACUGAAAUAUGAGAAUAAUAUCAUGAACAUCAGACAGUUUAACUUCUCUCCACACCCCUAUUGGCUUCCAAACUUUAUGGAUGUCUUCACAUGGUCUUUGCCUUUUGUUGGAGAGAAAGUCACCGAGAUGCUGGUUAAUAUUCUCAACAUAUGCUCUGAUGAUGAGUUGAUUUCAGAUGGUGAGGAGACACUGGAAGGAGCUGCAUCACUUCGUAAGGAGAUCAUCAAAAAUAAAAUCAGGGCUAUUGGAAAGAUGGCACGAGUAUUUUCAGUUCUUCGAGAAGAGAGGGAAAGUGUGCUGACUCUCAAAGGACUGACUCCUACAGGUACACUACCUCUGGGUGUCCUCUCAGGAGGAAAGCAGACCAUUCAGUUAGCCACAAUAGAAGCGGUAGAGGCACAGGAAGCAAUCCGAGGGUUUUCACCCCCUCACAAGAUCCGAAGCUUUGAGGAAGCUCGGGGCCUGGACCGGAUUAAUGAGCGCAUGCCCCCUCGAAGAGAUAAACCAUUCCCUGAGGGGCCAGUGGCAGUGCCAGCAAAUAUGGUGUCGAACACAAGCCGCUCAGGAUCCAAGAGCAGCUCAGUGACCAAGGGCAGCUCAUUGACCAAGGGCAGCUCAUUGACCAAGGGCAGCACAGCUAAGAAAAGCCAGUAAUGGCAGUAAGCAACUACUGUGGUACCAUGAAUGAAUCCAAAACUUAAAAACAUAUUUUAUUUAUUUAUUAUUGGAAAACAAAAACAAACUGAAACCUGGAGACAUGUUCAUGAUGCAGUCUGCAUUCUGUAAGAAAGGUGACCAUUUUGUAAAUUUUUUUUAAUUUAUGUUCAAUAUAAAAAGUCCCGUCUUUUUUCUUUUUUUUUUCCUUUUUCUUUGUAAAAAUUUUUAGAAAUUGGUCUAAUUGAUAGUAUACACAUGAAGUAUUGUGCUAUAGGUAAUGCCUGUCCAUCAUUCCCCAACCCUUUGUGUAAGAGGGCCUUUGGAAAUCACAACCCUGAGUUUCUGAUUUGAAUAAGUCAGCUAGACCUCUCCAUUUUUUGAAAAGAAUAUCUUUUAUUUAAGUUCAGCUACUUUUUGCUAGGUGCAUCUACUUCUUUAGACAUCAGUAUUGAAGGUCUGAUAGAUCGUGGUAAACUAAACCUGUUUCUCUGAUUGUGAAAAAUUUGAUUGGGGUUUAACUUUAAAGUGGAUAACUCCAAUCCUAGGAAUAGCUUAAGGUCCAUAAGGUAUAUUUACCAUAAUGGCCUACUUUCUUCUGGACUCCAGUUCUUUUAAUGUAAUUCUGGGAGCAAAAAAUCAUCAUCAUUAUCAUAUUAAAGGAUUUUCUUAGGAUUAUUUAUAUAACUUGUCAAUUGAAGAACUAGAGUGAUUGGUUUAAGUCUUCCCUUUAAGAUUUUGGGAGGGAGAAGUUUCUAGAAAAUCUCAUGUAGAGAUCAGCUAUCAUUGAAUAGACAUCUGCUUCCAUUUUCAUGCUCCAAAUGAGCUGCUAUAUUCCUUCAACAAAGAAAUAGUAUUUCUAAAUGUUUUCUAAAUGCCCUCUUCAAAACAUUUUUACAACUAAAAUCCUUUUCUCUAUUCCAUGAGUGUUCUUUUCUUCUCAGUCCUCCUUCCAGAGAUUCUCCUUUGUUUGUUUUUAAUAUUUUCUACAUUUCUGAUUAAAACUGGGACAAUGGAAAUUGAAUCUAGGGUUACAGGAAGCCCCUGUGAAAUGUAAACUUGGAUGAACAACUUUGGUUUGAUGAAUUUGAAAGAAAGAGGUUUUACCACACUCUGAAUUGACCAUUUGAAUUAUCUUUCAUAACCCUUGAUGAGUCAAACACUGUGUGAUCAUCAUUAGACAGACAGCUUUUCCUGUCUGUCUUCUACUUGCAAUAACUUUUGAGUUCACCAUCACCUGGUAAAUACAUUUUAAAGGUCCUUUAAGUGUCUAAUUUUGGUUGAGAAUGGACUCUGGUAUCUUGCUUUAAUAGCUAUUACCUGUCAGCCUUUGCUGGUUGAUACAUUCUCAUCAAUGCUUAAAAAAUGAAAAUUUCAGAAAUUCCAUUGAUUCACAUGUUGAGGCAGGGUCACCUCAACAUUGAUGCAAAUAUCUUAUACAAUAAUUACAUAUGUUGGCAGUUUUGAGGAUUUCAAGGGUAAGUGGGAGAUUACAAAGAAACCCCUUACUUUCACUAGGAAAUAUCCUGUUUUCCCCUAAUAUUUGUACUGAUUAUAUCCCAUUUUCUCCUUUAUAACAAUCAAAAGAUCAUCAGGGUGUAUUUGAUGAUUUAAUACCAUGGCAUGGAUUUCUCUGAUGGUGUAAAGAUGAUAGAAGUAGUCUAAAAAGGGAGAUAAAAGGUCUCUUUGUUGUCUCUGGAUUAGAAUUUUGUAAAGGAAUUGGGGAAGGACAUUUGAAAGCAAUAUCUUUUUUAUAUCCUUUGAGGAAGUUGAUCAACUGGACAAUCCUCAUACCUUUUUUCACAAUAUUGGAAAGGAUCACUGUCUUUGGGAGAGCUCAACUAAUAAAGUUGCAAAGUACAAUGAGAGAUUAUAUGUAUUUGAAAAUGAAAAUCAUUCACCCUUCCUCUCUUAUUCAUUAGGAGCAUAACCAUGGGAAACUCACCCCACAGAGGGCCUUAAGUCUUUGGGUAAUAAUUACUACAAAUACUGCACUUGUCUCUUUUGAAGAGGCUACCAUGAAUUGGGAGUCAUUCUUUUGCCAACUGUCAUGGAUAGGACAUAGUACUGAUCUCAGUUAUCUGAUUUAUUUACUGGUUAACAACAAUGUAAACAAGAAAAAGAUCUGAGUGAGUUCUUUAGCUCUUUUAGAGGUUAUAGUGGCUCUUGAAUGAAGAGAGCUGGGAAUUUGAUAGAAUAUUGAAGUUAAUUUCUUUUGGUGUCUACUUUGAAGACUCUAGAGCAGAGCCAUGAUGAAAUUGGGGGUUGAGUUUCUUUUUUCUGUAAAGUAAGGAUCUUAGAUAAUUCAUGUGCUGAUACAUGCAAUUUUCACUUUUAACCAUAACAGAUUGGUAGACCUACUAACUUGAAGAAAUUUUCAGUGAAUAGGAUUUUCUCUUCACUUCAUAUUUCACUCAGGAUAAUCCAUUUUAAACAUUUAAAGUUUCCAUCUAACAAAUUCCCAAACAGACCAAAUGAUUUUCUGCUUUAAUUUUCACAUUCUGUCAGCUUAAUUUUUGAGUUAGUAUUUAAAUAAUCCAGAAAACAAUCCAUCACUCUCCUCAAGGUGGUGGCAUUGCUCUUCUGUGACUAUAACAAGAAAGCUUUUUUAACAGGUUCUAGAAGAGGUGAACAGAUUUCCCUGUGACUUCUCUAGAAGAAAUGCUAUUAACUCUACUUCUCUAGGUAGGCAAGAUCUCCUUUCUUUGUGUGCUUUUAGAAGUGAAAUAUCAUAGGAAUCAAAUUCACCUUUUGGUUCUAUUCACAGUCUAUGAAAGAUCAAGUUUGAAAUAAAUAGAUAAUUUUUUCCCAAUAUUUUAUUUUAUUUAUAUGUAAAGAUAGUUUUCAACAUUAAUUUUUGUAAGAUUUUGAGUUUCAAAUUUUUUCUCCCUCUUUCCCUUACCUCACCCUUCCCCAAGACAGCAAGCAAUCUGAUACAGGUUGUAUUUUAAACAUAUUUCUAUAUUAGUCACAUUGUGAAACAGAAAAAAACACGAGGAAAAAAAAAAAGUGAAAAUAGAAUGCUUUGAUCCACAUUCAGUCUCCAUAGUUCUCCCUUGGAUAGGGAUGGCAUUUUCCAUCCCAAGUCCAAAUGGACAAUUUUUAACAGAAAAAUAACCUAUCUUUUUAAAAAAACAUUCGAUUUUUGAUCUUUGGUGAUAAGGCAGAGGGUGCAAUUACUUUUUUUAAAAAACAAUUUUAUACUAGGAUAAGAACAGCCUAAUUUUUUCUAAAAAUGUGAAAAAGAUGACAGGUAUUCUUCCAGGUGGACACAUAAGACAACUCCUGAGACAGUGGUAAUUGUAUUGACCAAAAGGGGGAAAGGUGUCAGAUGUUUAUGGCUGUUAGGCUUCAGAAGCCUGGCAUCAAUGAUUAUCAGUGUUUUCCAUAACUCCCAUAUAGACAUUACACAUAUUUGGUUUGUUUUCAUCAUGAGCCAUACUGUCACAGUGUGUCUCUCUAGCUUGAAUAGUCUUAAUUCUCAAAGUUAACAUCCCAGUAUUUUUCAAGAUGGAGAAAGAAAGGCACUUGUUUUGGCUAAUGUCUCUAUAUCUCUAAGAAGGAGACUUUUUAAAUAGCAGUAUAAUUUUGAGAUCUAUCCACUUUGGAAGUGCCCUUCCCAUCUCCCUCUUAUUUAAUUGAGUUAAAAAAAAAAUCCACUAAGACUACAGCUACUGUAGCUCAGAAGAUUAGUGAACCUCAAAAGAUUGUAACAAAAAAUAUAAACUUCAGUUUAGUUUAGAGGUGAGUAUAUAUCCAUCUAAUGAUUAUUACCUAUCAGUCUCUCUCUCUCUCUGAGAGUAUAGUAUAUUUGGAAUCUGUCUCUCUGACCAUCUUUAUUGUAAGCAAAAUUAUAGCUUAUAUCCAAGAUUUCUGACUAUAUAUUAUUUAGACUUUUUAAGUAUUAAUCAUCCACGUGGACAGGAGAAAGAACCAUAUCAUUAUGUAGGAUUUAAGUGGGUACUAGAUAGCAAACUUGUUUUGGAAGAAAAGGCGUUCACUAAGAAGACAUCAUUUGAAUGCUGGUACUGAUUGUGCUGCCCAGAGCAAGCGCAAGGCUUUAUGUCUCUCAACAGCCUGGACAAAGAAGAUUAUUUGUUAGAUUCGGUUGCGAAUGGUUCUGAGGUUCCCUCCUUCAAAUCCUCAGGAUGUCUUCUUAACAUUAGCGAUUCAUUUAUACCGACACACAGCCUUACUAUUGUCAACAAAUGGCACUCUGAAGUCUGUUCCUGUCCCUCUCAGAAUUCCCUAAACCUGUCUUUCUGCAUGUUACAGCAAAGUGCAUGUAAUAAGAAGGGAGCUUGCAAUGGGCUUGGGGAACAAAGGUAAAUUUUUAUCUUCUACUAGAGAACUUUUACACUGAUGCCAUCCCGAACACCCUUCUCAUUCUUUCUCCAAGCACUAUGAUCAGCAGGGAUUUUUCAGCCAGCUCUAUCCCAAGAGGAUCCAGAAUUUACCUGCUUAAAAGUAGUUUUUUAAGGUUCUCCUGAAUGAUGAAUUACAUGCCUGUUCCUUGGAGAUUGCCUCCUUUUUCCUGUUUUUGUUAUAUUAAUGACAGUGAUGGAAAAUGUUAUUUAUUGGCAGAAAUAUUUAAUGACUUUUUGUGAAUGAGGAAUGGAUUUGUUAGAACUGUCUUGCUGUAAAUUGGAAGACUUAAAGAGAAAAAAAGAGACAAAAAAAUUCCCAUCUUUAAGAUUAAACAACUUCACCGGC